CAACUAAUCCAAAGAAUGGCAAUUCUGAAAUAAUGUACAAAAUUAAACCUACUUUGACAAACUCUAGCUCUAUAAAUAUUCCACAAACAACGUUAACGAAAAACAACGUAAAAUCUCUCUUUUUGGCUCAGGAAAAUUUUCGAAUUUCGAAGCAUGUCCGGUGGAUAUCCUCAAUACCCUACGGGCUACGGCUACGGUGCCGCCUACGCCGCAUCUUCUGCUCCGUUCUCGGCCCCUCCAGGGGAAAAGCCACUAAAGGACAAGCACCAUGCUCACGGCGGAAGCUAUACACAUGCAGAAUGUUACGCUAGCCCGUUCGCGGCACUGCUGCCGUCGGUGUUUCCACCGGGGACAGAUCCUAACGUCGUGGCUUGCUUUCAACUGGCUGAUCAAGAUGGAAGUGCAUUUAUUGAUGAUAACGAGUUGCAAAGAGCGCUUUCUUCGUAUAAUCAAAGCUUCAGUCUGAGAACCGUUCAUUUGCUCAUGUAUCUCUUCACUAAUUCCAACACCAGAAAGAUCGGUCCUAAGGAGUUCACUGCAGUGUUCUAUAGUCUUCAGAAUUGGAGGGCCAUCUUUGAGAAAUUUGACAGGGACAUGAGUGGUAAGAUUGAUGCCAAUGAACUGAGAGAGGCACUGUUGAGUCUAGGAUUUGCAGUCUCUCCGGUUGUGUUGGAUAUGCUCGUAUCCAAGUUUGAUAAAACUGGAGGCAAAAACAAGGCCAUCGAAUACGACAACUUCAUCGAGUGCUGCCUUACAGUUAAAGGACUAACUGAGAAAUUCAAGGAGAAGGACACCAUGUACAGUGGUAGUGCGACGUUUACUUAUGAAGCGUUCAUGCUGACCGUACUGCCAUUCCUAAUUGCAUAGAUUAUGAAGAUUUUUUUUUUUAUUGUGUUUAUGGAGGAAAUUUCAUUUUGUCU